AUGGCGCUGCGAGGACUGAACGUCUGCGCCCGUGUUUUGCUGACCGAUCCGUCCAGAGCAGCAGUGUUUCGAGGAGCCAUACAAUCAGACUGUUUCAAAUGUCGACAUGGAGCUAAACGUUAUCUCUUGUCUGAAGAUGUGGUGAAGCUGCAGGAUUUCCAGCAGAGGAAACUUGCCAUUGCCCACCAAGUGUCAGGAUCAAAAGGUUAUUACUUUGAUACAGUAAAUCAGAAAAUGGAGAAAAAACAGCUCAUUUUGAAGGAUGAAUUAAAAAUACUUCUGUAUUUAUGCCAGUCUGCUGAAGAUGUUUUUGUGGCGAGAAAUGCUAUUUACAGGUACCAUGAAGAGAAUCGUAACAUGGCAUUUGGGGAAUUCAAAUUUGGCCCUCUUUUCAUGAGGUUAUGCUAUGAGCUGGGUUUAGAGGAGCUGGGAGCCAGAACUCUGACAGAUCCAGCUCUCAAAGGAUUCUUUUCAGACUCCACCUCCUUUAAUAUUGCUAUCGACAUGCUUUUCAUUAAAGAGUGUUACAAAAGUGGCCUGGAGGUGGUGGGAGAAAUGAAAAAACAAGGAGUGCAGUUCAACAAAGACACCUUCAUGCUAGCCUUUGCUACUUGUUAUAAACUGAACACCCCAAAGUCAUAUCAUAUCUGUCUGACCCUGUUGGAAGAAGGUCAGACAAAAGGCAACCUCAUCCCUCGACAUGCUUAUUGCUUUGCAACCGCUCUUGCUCUCAAACAGAAUGAUAUCGAGAGAGCCCAGGCAUUCUACUCUCAGAUCAUGAGCACGGACAGUCGGCUAUGCCAGAACCUGAGGGUUCUCAUAUUGGCUAUGAAAGGGUCCAUGAAAGAAGCAGUCUCUGCUCUCACGACAGCCCUAGUGUCAAAGACUCCAGUGUUUGUGAAGAAACCAGAGUUUUCUCAGGAAGUGAUUAAUGUAUUGAGGAGCAAGAGUGCUGGUGGACUGUGGGAGGGGAAGGUGGAGCAGGUGGUGAGACCAUUGGAGGGGGCCGGCCAGAUCACCAAGUUGACCAUUGAUGAUUUGCUGUGUCACUCUCCCUCUAGGAGGAGGAGGCCUCUGGGAAUAUUGGAGCAGGAAAGAAAGACCAGCCGAAGAACUCGCAGAACUCUGCAGUCCACACUACUGUUAGAGUAAACCCAUAGAGAGUUGAUGACUUUCAUCUUUAGUGUUUUAUGUUACAGGAGCAAAGAUAUAUCCUUGACCUGCACACUCUGAAGACACUGCCAAUUCAAGCUCAGGCUUUGGCAUCAUCUACCUCCUGUUUUACGCCAGCUUUUGUUACCUUCAGUUGUUGAAAUCAAGUUAGGAAUUAAAUCACUUUAAUAAAGUGGUAUUCUUCUAA